UACCUCGGGCCAGUGAGCCUCGUGAGAUGCUGUUUGAUGACCGGACGCGUGCCCACGCUGACCACAUCGGACAGGGCUUCGAGAGGCAGACCACCGCCGCUGUAGGGGUGCUCAAGGCCGUGCGCUGUGGAGAGAGUGCGGAGCCCCCUCGCGUUACCAAAGACGUGAUCUGUUUCCAUGCUGGAGACUUCCCUAACGUAGUCCAGAGGUUACAACUGGACCUGCACGAACCGCCUCUGUCCCAGGUGAGCUGCACCUGUCUUCUACCUUGUUUCUAUUAGUUAAAAUGGAGGUGG